UUCUUUCAGUUUGGAGUUUCUUUCGCACAAAAAGGGUUCAAGGUUACUCCCCAGACAAAAUUCACGAAGGAGCCUUUACAAUCGCUAAUGAAAAAGGAAGUUCCGGAUGGUCUGUUCUUUGGAGCGCUGACCAAGUUCGCGGCGAAUUGUGGGAAUGAAACCGUUUGCAAGCUUGGAAAGAUUCUUAUGGGGAAGAAUUCGUGGUUGAAAUUUCAUGGUGGAAUUAACACGGCCGGUGUCAAAGUGGCAGCAGGAGUUUAUGGCAUUCCUAUAAAAGGAGAUUUAAAGUUUAACAAAGUUGAACUGUUCUUGGAGGUAACAACGUUCCUAAUGUAGUGGACCCAUAACGAUGACGAAGGCGAUAUUUAUUAAGCAAUUCUUAAAAUAAAAUAAAACUGGAAAGAGGUUCCUAACUACUUACAGGUUCUACUAGGGCGAUAUGUGACAUUAUUAUACAUUGUACUCACUAGCUGUCUUCUCAUUGGCUCAGAGCCUACAGCUAAUUUUGGAAAUCAGCGCAACCUGCAGAUUAGUUAGUUGUUUGCUAGCAGAUAACUGACUAAUCUGUAGGUUGCGCGCGCAAUGCAUGAUUUCCUAUAACAAUAUCAAUUCGGGUUCCUUGCCAGCGUGUGUUUGUCGUUAUUUUCUUCAAAACAAUUUAUAAUAAAACAACUAUUAGAUUCGGUUUUUGUGAUAUCCUAAAUAAUCAAGGUCUCGGUAAGUUUUAUCAGCCUCGGCCUUCGGCUCGGGUGAUAACACUUACCUCGAGCUUGAUUAUUCCGGAUAUCACAAAAACCUCAUCCACAAAUUGUUUAGUGUCUCUGAAUUUAAAUUAAAAAGGUCAGUAGCUUUCUGUUUCCACUUCCUGUUUUCCUUUUCAUAUUCAAAAAUGAACUUUUAUAGGACCAUGACGAGUUAAAAACAAAAUUAAAGGAAGCAUGCAACAGCGUUACCGUCGUCACCAUGCGUCAACGUCAUUGUCAUUCUCUAAAAUGCCUGUCACUCUUCACGUAGAAAUCAACGUGACGUAGAUCAAUGCGACGUUGACCGGUGGUAUACGUAGGGUAACAAAAAGUUUGCAGUUAAAAGACAUCAUUUUAUCCAUGCAGGUUAAAUAUGGCAGUGCUUCUGCGGUUCCUAAUCUCGGGUUUGCGGUAGAGUUAGACGUACCUGUUAAAGGAGAGGUGAAUGAAAAAGAGGAGGAAGUUCCAAGCACGUCUCUGCAGAUUGGAGGCAAACUAUUCGUUACUGGCGGAGCCGAGAUAGGCACAACAUUAUAUAUGAAUGGAAUGUGGAAAAAGGCAUUUGGUUUAAAAUAUCUUAGUAUUGGAAACAUACAAAUUGGGUGAGGAUCUGACCACCGCUUUUUAUGUUUAUUCUAUGAAAGUAUUAUUAAAAUGCCAUCCCUCCUACACGUCAGAAGACCCUCGAAAAUCCCAUGCAGGUUUGUGGUUGUAUGAAAAGGAUACACUGCCUGGUUUCUACAAUUAAAGAAAGACACAGGCAGAAUUGACCAGAAAUGACAGAAGACUAGUUCAAUCAUAAUUUAACCUUGUGGCACAAACAUUUAUCCUUAGCUUUACUUAGUCGAAACUCAUGUUUCCCAUAGCCCAUGAUUAUAAAAGUUACUAAGCCUGACAUGAGUAUGUUUCGUCCCUGCCACGAAAUGAAUUUCAGACAUGUCUUCUAGUUACUAACACCCUUACAGGCGCCGUCUCUAAAGGAGUAAGCGACUGGAAGAUAUGUCUUAAAUUCAGGUUACCUAAAAUGAUAACUGAAACUUUUGAUAGGCCGACUGACAACAAAAAAUUGUAAGUAUCACUUAACGAUCGAUGUUUCUCUCCAGUUGAGGUGGCAAUAUCACCUCCUUCCAUAUUUAUGUCUACUCAAUUAGCCCUUUUUUGCCUGCAUCGCAUCUGUAUUCAAUGACAUCGAAGUUCAAUCAUCAUUACCAGGCAAAAGAAAUACUAAAUUUGUCUUUAUUUUGGAAUAAGGUUAAUUGUCCUAACACAAAUUUACCAAAUUCACAAAUCACUUAUUAGCGUAGGAAAAUUAAACGCGCCUGCGAAAAUAACCAUAAAGUGUUUUGUUUAGAAAAUUUUUCUUUUUUUAACUUCUCAUUGUUAGAACACAGUGGGAGAUUUUAAUAGCCGGUCCCAUAGCGUAGCAAUCAAAUCCAAAAUAGACUUGGGACACAUAUAAAUUAACUGAGAACGCGCAGGCCGUAGAGUGCGAAACUUAUAUACUUCGACUUCUCCAUUUCUUAGGUUCACAGUAACAUUAGCGGCUGGUGUUCCCACUGAAUUCACGUUUAACGGUCGCUUAGAGAUUGGACACGACUGUGGGGCGGACGACUUUAAAGUUGACGGUCGGUGUUUUGCAGGAGAAGCCUUAGUAGGAAUAAGCGCUAAUCCUGCUAAGCAGUAUGUCUAUGGCGAUCUUUCACCAGUCACAAUAGGAAAAAUAUUGCGCAUGCUCGGCUCCAAACUUCAGUUACCCCCAGCUGUGGAGCAGAGUGGAUUUCCGAAAGGACUGACUGUAAGUACAUGAAAAUGUCACCAUGCAAAAAGGUUUUUCCUGGACGGCUACAUUGGCAAGACCGCAAGGUCUCUUUGUACCCGGAUCAAAGAACCUUGAAACUUCUGCCGUUUUCUCUCACUGCUGUGUGCUAAAUAUAACGAGUCACAACAACAACCCACACAAUGUACGAUCCAAUGAAAACAACGUUAUCAAGUGCUGCGUCAAGGAGGCCAUUGUUAUCAAAUAAAGAAAAACCCCUCUGAAUAUGGAUACGGGACUGGACUACCGGUCAUUGACAAUCCUCUUCUGGGGAUACCUAACAACUUUUCUGUUACGCAACCUGACAGUACUUCGCUGAUGAAGUUCGAGCGACUCGGACGAAGUAUUCGUUUUUAGCCGGUCACAAACUUAUUUGCCCUGAGUCUUGGAAUUUUCUAUACUAAAUAUAUAAAGAAUGGUUAAAGUACCUUUCACUAUAAUCCCAUUCAAGCCUCACACUCAAUUCCAUGCAGCAAGGGAAUAACGAGUACAUUGAAAUACUAUCGUGGAAAUUUGUUGCCCAACAGUAAAUACUUCAUCUUUGCCUUAUGGAUGGAAAAAUUUGACAAAAUAAGUGUCUGGCGGCAUUGUCUCUUAAGACCCUAUAAUGUUCGAUAAAAAUACAGCUCUCCCUAAAAGCUCUUUUUUCUUCUGUUAUAAGUCUAGAAGCAGUAAAGAAGUUUGUUCAAAAAAAAGAUUAAUAAAUUCUAUAGUUCAGCUAAAAGAAAAAAUGUAGUAGCAUGCAUUAUAGAUAAGGAAUUCAGAAAAAUAUAUCCAAAAACUAAAUGUUUUUUGCCGUCAGUAUGCUCGAUUACAUGCUCAACAUGUCAUUUUUGCUAUCAACAGAUUUCUGCGUCUUGGGCCAAUCAAAAAGUCCCUUAUGCUGGUGCAACAAAAGACAUCAAGAAAGGUGUGUAUAUUAAGGGCACCAUCAACAUCCUAGGAUUUGCACCUUCAGUGGAAAUUCUACUGAGUGACGAGGUAAGGACCAGCUGACAGAAUGCACGAUGUCAUGACAAAGUGUAAAAAAAAAUAAUAAAUAGGAAUAAAAGUGGAGGAAAUCCAAGAUAUUAAGCCUUCAGUUACGUCCAUUUUGAUAUCAAUGAUUGUUUUCCCGGAUUUCUUUAGUUGUCAUUAAAUAGUAUGUAAAAUAGUGUGUAAACAUUGUGUAAAACCGCGCUGAGAGGGAUAGAAUCGAGAUUUUCUUUUUAGUGAAUUGUGCAUGCAUAAAAAGAGUGAAAAGAAGACAUUUUGUCGGGAAAGAGGUAACAACUAUCACCAUUUCGAUUAGUGAGCUUGGACGAAGAAAUAGCUUGAUUACCCGAAGAAUUAGAAUCUAUAUUGUAAAGGUAAGGUCGUUACCUUACGACGCAAACUUACAUGACACUACAUAUAUGACCUGAAAAAUACCGGCCAGACUUUCCUUCUACCCUAACCGAACUAUGGUGAGACUUGUGGAGAGAAAGGCCAUACGUGCACUAUAGUCUCAACGGGAUAAUAUUAUGUUUUACAAGUAUUUGUGGUUUCAUGUAUAUAUACAUAGCCUCCUUUGCAGGAUGCUUUAGGCUGUGCACUUAAGGACAUAGACAGCACGAACUGGGCAUGGGACUAGUGAGGGUGGAAAUUUCUUAUCUAUCAUAUCCAUAAAGAUAGCGGCCUUCGAGGAAGGCUAGUUUACUGGAACUACUAUCAAAAGCAUUCAUUGACUUUCUCAUGAACUUACCUAUUGAUUCCUUUUCUUUAUGAUUUCCAGAAAAUACACUUUGAUCUGGAGCUAGACCCUGUCAAGCUACUGGGAGGUGUGGAAGUGUUUCGUUCAUUGACGGACAAGAAAAAGGGUCCCAAGUUUUACCUUCAUGCCAAAAGAAACCCUCUUGAAGCGGAAGUAAGAAAACUUUGGCAUGCUAAAACUUAA